CAGCGCGCGCUGCCUGUGGAUGCGAGCUGGAGUCAGACGGCAGCAGUAGAUCUUGCUUUCCCGUAAAUUUGGUCGUUUUUAGACGGGAGUUCUGCGCCGCAACGGCCGCGCCGCUGGAACCGAUCACUCCGCUCUCUGGUUAUCUGCAUCUUCUGACUUCUGGAUUUGACUUUUGACCCAUCAGCAGCCUCCGAUGUUCCUAAGGCGAUGACCCAUCUUCAUCAUCGUCACCGCUCCCCUCGCCAUGGUCACCCAUCCUCUCGGUGACCAACCUUUCCGCCACCGAAUCCCCCGACUCCCCUCUCUGCUCCCGUCCAGGCAGCCGUGGUAAUGCAUGUGAUGGGCAGCGUCUCCCCGGCCAAUGAGAGGCAGGUUUUCUCCCCCCAAGAGGAGGACGUGGCCUUGGCCGUCGUCGUGCCGACGUCUCCUCUUUCUACUCCGUUGAGAUUUUCUGAUAUCGAAGGUGAUCGGACAAAACCGCCUCCCCCUGCCCUUGCUCCCCAUCCUCCUCCUCCUCCCCCUCUUCUUCCUCCUCCUCCUCCUCCUCCUCCUCCCCCCUCCUCCCCUCCACCCCUGCUUCCAGGGCUGGGAGACCCCGCAGGCGAAGGCCUGAGGAAGAAGAAGAAGGUGAGGAGUUUCUUCUGGAAAACGAUACCAGAGGAGCAGGUGAAGGGGCGGGCCAACCUGUGGACUCAGGGCCAAGUUCAGCAGGAGUACCAGAUCGAUGUCCAGACCAUCGAGGAGCUGUUUGGUCAGAACGACUGUCAAUCAAACGCCAAGGGCCCUCCCACCAGGGGAGGGAGGAUCAGGAGCUCAUUCAGAGAAACCAAAGAGGAGGUCUCCAUUCUGGACUCUAAGCGAGGGAUGAACGUUGGGAUUUUCCUCAAACAGUUCAAGAGGUCCAAUCGGACGAUAGUAGACGAUAUUCGCCACGGCAACAGUGAGCCUUAUGGGGCGGAGCCUCUGCGAGAGCUGCUGAAACUGCUGCCUGAUACAGAAGAGGUGACGAAGCUGAAGUCGUACCGAGGUGACGUAGCCAAGCUCUCGUUGGCCGAUUCCUUCAUGUACCUGCUGAUUCAGCUCCCCAGUUACUCAGUCCGUAUUGAGUCCAUGCUGUUGAAGGAGGAGUUUCCCAGGGCGUGCGAGGCCAUGAAACGAGACAUUAGGAUCCUUCGUUCUGCCACCAAAGAGUUGAUGUGUUGUGAAGAGCUCCAUGCUGUUCUCCACCUGGUGCUGCAGGCUGGAAACAUCCUCAACGCUGGAGGUUAUGCCGGAAACGCAGUGGGCUUCAAGCUGUCGUCCCUCCUGUCCCUGGCCGACACCAAGGCCAACAAACCGGGCAUGAACCUGCUGCACUUCGUCGCCCUGGAAGCCCAGAAAAAAGACGAGAGGCUGUUGGAGUUUCCGCUGAAGUUGAGUCACGUCCAGGCGGCAGCCAGGAUCUCCUUGGAAAUGCUGGACGCUGAACUGCAGUGGCUGAUAUCUCGCACGCGCUCAGUAGAGGAGAGCUUCCAGAGAGACACGGAGCUGCUGCAGCAGCUGGACAGCUUCCUGCAGUCUGCGACCUCGUCUCUGUGCUCGCUGCGUGGAGGUCGGCAGCAGCUGAAGAAGGAAGGCAGCGAACUGAUCGACUUCUUCUGUGAGGACAGAGAGACGUUCAGGCUGGACGACUGCUUCGGCAUCUUUCACACCUUCUGCUCCAGGUUCACCGACGCCGUCAAGGAGAACAUGGAGAGGGAGGCUAAGGAGGCGGCCCGACGCCAGCGCUUACAGGAGCUCGAGGAGCAGAAGAGGCACUCCUGGGCCGGUGGUGAGGAGGUGGGUGGAGGCUUCAGGUUGCGCUGCAGCAGCGAGACGGACAUGUCAACUGCCAUGUCACGACACGACGAGGCUGGACUGCUGACGGAGCUCCUGACCUCGAAGUCCAGCCCCCGCUCGCCCCUAAAUAACUCCAACUGUCUUCUGGGGCGUUCGGGUAGUUUACGACGUACCCGGUACUCUCCGUCCAGCUCACCAUCUAUUGCUGCUGAGCGCGAACUGAGCAUGCUCCUAGAAAUGGCCACCCCUGACCGUAAAGUCACCCUGCAGAGAGGAGGAGGAGAGGCAAGGACAGCUUUCCGAUCAGCCUCACCUAAACCCGGGGUUAGAAGUCCAGGACUCUCCCCUCAGUCUCUGCCCCAAAGUCCAAGGAUCACGACAUACAGUUUCCCCCAAAACCAGCAGCCUCAAGAGGUCAAGAUGGCAUCACAAACCCCCUUGUCACCUCCCGAGACUUCUUGGAGUCCAAAAAGCACAAAUGCACACCAUACAACCGCCACUUACCUCAGCGACGUUGCUCUCCAGACUCCAGUAGAUGCCAUUAAUCCCAUAAGCAAAGUUACAUUGAAACCUACCUCUGAUUCUAACCAGCAAUCCGACCACAACAACAACGGAAAAGAUAGACUGGACCUUGGUUUUAGCAGUCAGGCAAUGCUUUCACACCAUCAAACUCAGCCUGGUUUGAAGGGGGCACCAACUGGUGUGAACAAAGCUGAUGCAGACUUUAGUGGACAAAUCACCUGCAGUGAUCAAAGGUUUGAAUACAGCACCACAGACAACAUGUCUGUGGUUGUAGAGACAUGCACACUGGUGCCUGAGCUGAAAGUGUUUGACAAGGUCACAACCUUGAUCAGCUGUAAUGAAGGGCAUCACACCAGUCGCCUCCUUGGACAUCACCAGGACAAUAUGGUAAUCACAGAUUUGGAGGAAGGUGGAAUGGACAAAUCCCAAAUUCAGGAGGUGCAGAAUAAAUCCCGGACUGGGAAUGCAGAAAAAUGUGAUGUGCAGAUUUCUGAGACAAGCUCUUCUUCACCACGAAGAGAUGAACAGGAGGUGCAGGAGGAAAAGGUGGUUGUAUGGUGUGUGACAGGUGUGUGCGAGGUAGCCGGCGAAUUCACACACGCUGACAACACACACGUACAAACCGAGAAGGAUCGGUGUCGGAUUGACAAUCAGGGAGGAAACCAGCAAACUUCCUCUGCCCCAGCCAGUCACACACCUUCAGAGCCUCAGCCAGCCAAUGAAAAGCCAGUGCCUGUACCCAUCAGCAGCCAACCAGUGCCUGUCCCCCGCUGUGACGACCCGUCACUUCAAGUCUCUUCCCCUAGGUGGCACCCAGCAGAGCCUACAUCAACCUAUGAAGCGCCUGCCCUCACCGCAGAUGCCUCUGAGGAAGUUAAAGAACCAGCCAAUCAAGGGGAAGAAGCGGAGGGCUCCCCCAAUGAAACAAGAGAGGUGGAGACCCUGCCAGAACAAUCAACAGAUGACAAGGGCAGAAACAACACUGCUUCUUGUCACACAACCAAUGAAAAUACAGAAGCAGCUUUCACCAAUGAAAAGGCAGAACCGGCGACUUCGUCCAAACCAUCCACCAAGAACGCCCCUACCUCAAAAAUUCGACCUGCUGGGGUGAAAGCCAACGUAACCCCAAACACCACCUCCAACACCAACAAAUCUAAACCUGUCCGCACCCUCACCAACUCGGAGAACCAGGGCAUGAGGCGGGUUGUGCCCAUCUCCCGAACCACUCGAGGUGCUCCGACCCUUGGCAACCGUCCUGAGAAGCCUCCUGGCCACCACCGGAGAUCCUCCAGCAUUACAGCACUCACCAGUCCGACUGUCUCCAACUUCAACAGCAACUCCCUCCGACGAGGAGAGAGGCCCUCCACUGCUCCUUCCUCCCGACAAUCCAGCGUCCACAAGACACAGGACCCCAACGAUUCAAAAGACCAGAAGGUUUCAGGUACUCAGGCAUCUGCCCGAGAGCAGAACCAGGACUUGCAAAGGAAACCGUCCAUCAGAAAACCUUUUACAAAACCAAAACCCCAGCAGGAGGAGAAAAUUUGUCGCUCCACACUGCGAGCUCUCACUCAGGCUGGAGAAAGAGGUGAAGGAGGAGGCAGCAUCAGUGCCCCAGCCACCCCCUUGCACAAAGCCUCCACUCCUUCCUCAUCACCACUUCCAGGUUUCGCCCGAAGCACCGCCUCUUCUUCUUUCAGAUGGACCCACACCACCCUUGUUCCUCCUGGUCCUCCUCAUUCACCCCACACUGGCUCAGACUCCUCCCAUAAAUCCUCCCCCAAGCCCACGUCCUCCUCGCCUUUCACCCGAAUAGGCUCGCUGAGAGUCUCCACCGCCUCCAGAUCUUCCGAUCUCCUCAACAUGUCCUCUUCCUCCCCGCUGAGAAGGUCUCAGAGCAUUAGGGCAUCUCCUCACUCACCUGUCCACGACUCGCUGACUCCACCUAAAGGCCACCGGCAGAACGACAGCGGCAACUUCUCCGACAAGUCAACUCACUCUAGGGACUCGGUCAAGGCCAUCAGGCCAAGCUGGAGGUAACAGGAGGAAAUCUGAGGCUGCGUUCCAAAGCCUGAAGUCUGGGCGAUGUCUCCUACUCCUUCCUUCUUUACUGGAGGUAGAUUGGAAGCCAGUGGAUACAUUCCAAUAUGAAGCAUAGGCUCUUAUUGGUAAAGCAAGAGAGGAUGCAUUCUCAAGUUUAAGUUGAGAAACAAGGGAGGUUACAUUCCAACAUGAAGCACCGACAAUGUUUCCUGUUCUCUGAGAUUGAAAGGAUUCAUUCAAAUAUGAGGAUUAAUUUAAUGUAAUUAGUUGCCUGCUGGUCGUGAAAGGUUGCAUUUUAUUUGAAAGCACUACAUUAUGUGCACCAUGUGCUCUAAAAGGUGAAGAAUAAAAUGUCCCCAGGAGUGUUCUUUUAAACAGUGUUGAUCUAAGUGGUACUUGUGAAUACAAUCCAAUAUAGAAUAUAUUAAGGAAACUCUCUGAGCCUCAGGAAAGGCUGCAGAUCUCCUCUUUAGGCCUGGCCACACCAGAGAGUGGCUCAGCGAAACUCAUCCACGCAUCUUUUUAUAAUAUUUUGUUUUAGAGCCUUGGUAACGUAAUGACUACUUGCAGGGCUGCUACGCGCUAACCUAGCUGGAAACAAGCCAGUGCCAUUCAGUCUCAAUAGCUUCCAGAACUUUUUUAUUUUGGCAUUUCAGUCUCAGGGUUGUGCAUCAUAUCAUUCAACAAAGAGAUACAACACAGAUAAUAAGCUACGAUAGCUUUUUCUCCGUUCCGAACUCUCCAGCUUGUUGUUCCCUCAGAGAUAAGCACUGACAAAAUGGCGCACUAUUGGUCAAUGGUGAGAAUUCGCAUGUCAGAGUUCACCAAAGUCAAAAAGGAACAAAUUUGUGGAUUUACCUGAAUCCACUCAUUGCGGCAGAUCAGUUGGAAUUAAAUUAUUUUGCCAUUUUAAAUGCUAGUGUGACCGGUGCCUUUUGACAUUCACACGAAGACCCCAAAUCUUACUCGGAAACAUGGGGAAAUUAUACAAGGUGUUCUUGACGUACCAGGUACAGGUUACGUUUCAGUGGGAAGUGGGCGGUAAAUUUUGGCUUCUUUUGCUGCAGUCUUUUCAUACUCAUGCACUCGUUUUAUUUUUUCGUUUUUUUGUUCUAAAAGUAGGGAGUCCAUAUGCCAACUUGAUAUGUUUCUUUUGGGGACAUCAUUGCGAAACAAAUCGCAACGCAAGCUUUUCAUUGGCAUUUGAUGCAGCAUCGCAAUAUAUUUAGAAACCAACAGUGAUUGUUUAAACUGAUUAGUCAUCAGUUUUGGUCUUGUUUUGCUUAAGUCAACUAAUUUGCACUUGUGCAACAUUUAUAAGCCCAGAUUAGUGCUGUUAACUUAGUGUUUCCCUUCUGGAAGUAAAAUUAAGGUUACUCUUUCUAGCCAGAGAGAGGGACCGGAUUCACAUAUCAAGAACCCACGGCUUCUAACUCAUGGCUGAGUUUGCUAAAUUUCACCACAAACCAAGCUAUAUUUCAAUAGUCACAAUAUACAGUAAAUCUUCCUGACUCUUAUGAGGUCCUUUGAAGUUUUCUGUGUUAAACCCCACCAACACAUCAGCUACGUUCUAAUACUAUCUAUACAGUUUCCUUUUCCCAUGAGCGUUGUUGCAAUAUGAAGUUCGCCCAGCCUCCCAUCCUUAUGACUAAUGCACUGACUCCCAUUAACACAUCUCAGAGACAGGGCUUUCUGAGAGCUGCCACAUUAGUAGUUUACAAGGGAAGGAAAUAAAUGUAUGCAACUACAAAUGUGUAAUGAGAUUUAAAAAAUAAAGGCCCUUUUCUGCGGUGUUUAGGGCAAGUGACAUGACCGAAUCCCGGCUGGGUGUCCCCUGUCUCCCCCUGACUGAACGACUUUAUGUCUUAAAUUCCUACUUGAUUCUGCACCUUUAACUUCACUCACCGAGAUGAAGAAUCUCUGUACAUCUGGCCUGAUUGCAAUAGAAAUUAUGUUAUUAUUGUCAUUAUUAUUCCAUUUAAACGAUUUAAAAAUUCUAAAUCACUGAGAAUCGUGUAUUUUUAAAAAGAGUGAUUCGUUUAACGAGGAGAUAUUUAAGCGUCUCUGAUUCAAGCCAACAGUGGGAAAAGUCGCCAGUGCCAAGUUUGUUGAUAUGAGGAUAUUUGUACGUUUAUCUUUCUUUAUUUAUGUAUGUAUGUAUCUAUCUACUAACUAAUA